AUGACACGAGACGAGAUCCACGACGGCAUUUGCAGGAGAGGAGUUAUCACGUUGAAUAUCAGUGGAGAGGGCAAAGAAGAUGCGUCGCGAGUAGAAGAGAAGCGUCGAGACGACAGCUAUCAGCCAUUCACGGGAAACCUCAAUGCGCCAUCACAUCGCGAGGCAUUGCGCUCUGCCAAACUCUCCGCGCUCCACGCUCGCCUCCAACUACCCAUUAAACUGCCCUUGCAGACGCUGGCUCGAUGUCUGGUAGAUCCCUCAGUCGACCCUCGACCGGGCUACAACAACGAGCCCCUCUCCAUCCUUGGACAAGAGCUACUCGGCUACUACACAGCAGAAUGGCUCAUGACUAAAUACCCGCGACUUCCAAUGCCCAUCCUUUUCGCGGCCCAGUACGCCUACGUGGGCAGUUCAGCCCUCUCCGCCAUGCGCGCCGAAUGGGGCGUUGAAGCCGUAGCAGCACCAGGCCCCGAGGUCGACCCUGGCCUACUACAGCUCAAGCGCCAAAUACCUGGCAAUGCCAUGGCUGAAGGCGAGCAAAUGCGCAUCAAACACAUGCCGCAAGCCCGCCGUGUUGGCUCCGGCCGCCGCAACGAAGAGCACAACUACCGCCGUGGGAUGAGCAGCCGCAUAGUCUACGACGACCAGUUCGGCGACCUGCAAACCACCCUCCCAGUCUCCACCUCCGAUGACACAUCACCCUAUCCCAGCGCCCCAAUCUCCCGUCCCGACGAAACGACUCCCUUCUUCUCACAAGACACCAGCUCUGAGCACCGACCUCCGCCUUCAGACUGGUACCUCCCUGCCCAACCGACCUACGAAGAUCCCACCGCAACAACCCUCGAAGCCGCCUCGGCAACCUUCGUGCGUGCUCUUGCGGGCGCUCUGUACUUGCACGCCGGCACACCGGCAGCCAAACACUUCCACACCGAACACGUCCUAUCCCGGCACUUGCCACUGCACACGCUUUUCAAUUUCGCCCAUCCCACCCGAGAUCUCAGCCGGUUAUGCGCAAGAGAAGGUUUUGAACCGCCAGUCGCGCGCCUGAUCUCCGAAACUGGACGACUUAGCAGAACGCCGGUGUUUGUGGUUGGUGUGUUCAGUGGGAAUGAUAAGUUGGGCGAAGGCGCAGGUGCGUCCUUGAACGAGGGCAGAGUAAGAGCGGCGGCUGCUGCAUUAAGGGCGUGGUACCUCUACAGCCCGCCGGCCGAGGAGAUCAUGCGGCCGAGUGAGGUCGAAGGCAAGGCAGGGGAGGGGAAGAAAUGGAAGAGUCAGAUAGUUGACAUUGGGGAAGUGAUCACGUAG